UAUGUGUUCUCCUGUGCGAACCUGUCCUAUUAGUUGGCGAAACUGGAACCGGUAAAACGGCUACUAUUCAAUAUUUAGCGGAACUUAUGCAUCAAAACCUUAUCGUUGUUAAUUUAUCACAGCAAGGUGAUAGUAGUGAUCUUCUUGGCGGAUUUAAGCCAGUUGAUGCAAAAGUUAUAGUUACACCCUUAAAAGAGGAGUUCGAUAAGUUAUUUGGAAAAACAUUUUCAGUGCGAAAAAAUUCUCGUUUUUUGGAAACCGUACAUAAGAUGUACGUUACCAAGAAAUAUCAUAAAUUAAUUUCCUUAAUACAAGAGGCAAUUAAAUUGGCCGAGAAAACUUUUAAUAAUGACCAAAAUCAAGAUGAACAAAAAAAUUCAUCUCGAAAAAUAUCAAAUCCGGAUUUAAGAAAUCAAUGGAAAUUAUUUGAGAAUUCUAUUAAAGAAUUUCAACUUCAGCAUGAUAAAAUACGUAACAAAUUUGUUUUUAGUUUUGUUGAAGGUUCUUUGGCGAAUGCGAUUACAAAGGGUGACUGGAUUCUUUUGGACGAAAUUAAUUUAGCUUCCACAGAAACUUUAGAAUGUUUAAGUAGCAUUCUUCAAAAUCCAGAGGGUUCUUUGUUAUUAAUUGAAAAGGGUGAUUCUAAACCGAUCAUUCGUCAUCCAAAUUUUAGAAUUUUCGCAUGCAUGAAUCCUGCAACUGAUGUGGGCAAGCGAGAUCUUCCACCUGGAUUGCGUAGUCGGUUUUCAGAAUUUUAUGUUAAUUCACCUGAUAAUAGACAAGAUGACUUGUUAUGCAUUGUAAGAAAAUAUUUAUCAGGAUGCACUCAUGGUGAAGAACGUGUUUGUAUCGAAAUAGUUAAUUUUUAUUUAAAAGUGAAAGAAUUGCAACAACAACAUAAACUUGCAGACGGAUCUAAUCAACGUUCCCAUUUUAGUAUGAGAACUCUUACUCGCGCAUUGAGUGUUGUAUCCCAAAUCGUAUCAAUAUAUGGAUUAAGACGUUCUAUUUAUGAGAGUUUCUGUAUGACAUUUCUGACACAACUGAAUAAAGAAAGUGAAAUAAUAAUGCAAGGAUUGAUUGAAAAUUUUUUAUUGAAUGGUGUUAAUAAUCUCAAGUCUCUCAUUAUGCAAAUUCCUAGACAACCGUCAAACGGUGAUCAUGUUCAAUUUGGAUGUUAUUGGUUAAAAACUGGUCAAUAUCCUCCAAAAGAAGUAUCACAUUAUAUUUUAACGCCUUCUGUUAUGAAAAAUUUAAACAAUUUAGCUAGAGUUGUCAUGAGCAGUAAAUUUCCGGUGUUACUUCAAGGCCCUACCUCAGCAGGAAAAACAAGCAUGAUACAUUAUUUAGCUCAAAGAACUAAUCAUCGAUUUAUGAGAAUUAACAACCAUGAACAUACUGAUCUUCAAGAGUAUCUUGGUAGUUAUAUUACAAAUAGCGAAGGUAAACUUGAGUAUCAAGAAGGAAUACUUGUUGAAGCAGUAAAGAAAGGUUAUUGGCUCGUGUUAGACGAAUUAAAUCUCGCACCUACUGAUGUAUUAGAAGCUUUAAAUCGUCUUUUAGAUGAUAAUAGAGAAUUAUUUAUUCCAGAAACACAAGAAAUGAUUAAACCACAUAAUGAUUUUAUGCUUUUCGCAACCCAAAAUCCACCUGGAUUAUAUGCUGGGCGUAAAGUACUUUCUCGUGCAUUUCGUAAUCGGUUUGUUGAGAUACAUUUCGAUGAUAUACCAGAAGAAGAAUUGGAAACUAUCCUUUCAGAAAGAUGCGUUAUUGCACCAUCUCACUGUAAACGUAUGGUUCAAGUUUAUAAAAAACUCAUGGAGCGGCGUCAAAGUACACGAAUAUUUGAAAAACAACAUGGAUUUAUUACACUGAGAGAUUUGUUCCGUUGGGCCAAAAGAGGUGCAGUAGAUUAUAAAGAAUUAGCUGAACAAGGUUACAUGCUCUUGGCAGAAAGAGUAAGGAAGCCUAACGAAAAAUUAAUAGUUAAACAAGUAUUAGAAACGGUGAUGAAGGUAACUAUCGAUGAAGAUAGUAUAUAUGAUUGCUCUAAAUUGGAAGACUUUAAAAUGUAUCGGCAAAAUGAUAUUGUAUGGACAAAAGCUAUGAAGCGAUUGUUCACGCUUGUUGCACAGUGUUUAAGGUUUAAUGAACCUGUCUUAUUAGUUGGUGAAACUGGAUGUGGCAAAACAUCAGUUUGUCAGAUGUUGGCUGAAGCUAGGCACACUGACUUAUACACUUUAAAUUGUCAUCACAGCACUGAGACUGCAGAUUUGAUAGGUGGACAAAGACCGUUGAGGAAUCGAGAUGUUUUGAAUUCUGAACUUAAACGCGAUAUCUCUGAUUAUCUAAAAAGUUAUGGACAGCAACAUGAUAUAACUUUGGAAAAGCUUGAUUUAUGUGACUUAGUUAGACAUCUUGAUCUUGCUUGCAAAGAUGAAGAACAGAACUUACAUAUUGACAAAGAUAAAGCGAAAAACUUGUCGCUGAGAUGUAAGCAAUCUUGUACUUUAUUUGAAUGGAAUGAUGGACCGCUCGUUAAGGCUAUGAAAAGCGGAUCAUUUCUAUUAUUAGAUGAAAUUUCUUUGGCUGAUGACUCUGUUAUAGAGCGUCUUAAUAGUGUUCUUGAGCCCAAUCGAAGUUUGACUCUACCGGAAAAAGGGGGGGUCUGUAUUGAGGAAUUUGUCGCAGAGGAAGGGUUUCAAUUUUUAGCAACUAUGAAUCCUGGAGGUGAUUAUGGUAAAAAAGAGUUAUCUCCUGCUUUAAGAAACCGAUUUACAGAGAUUUGGGUUCCGCCAAUGUCAAAUGAAGAUUUGUUGCAAGUUAUUUGUGCACAACUUAUACAUCAUGCGCCAAAUAAUAUUGGACGAUCAAUCUUAGAAUUUAUAAAUUGGUUUUCCCAUAUGUUUGGUGAUCAGAGAAUGAUCAUUAGUCUGAGAGAUAUUUUAUCAUUGGUAAAUUUUAUUAAUGUCACUAUCGAGCAGUUUGGUCCCAAAGAAUCUCUUAUUCAUGGUGGGUGUCUAGUUUUCUUGGAUGGACUUGGAUCGAGUUCCGCAUCAUGUACAUUAUUAUCAGGGCAAAAUUUGAAAGAUUUUCGAAUAAAGUGUUUAACUAAACUGAAAGAAUUAAGCAGUGAUUUUGCUGCUUUUGAAUCAAAUAUCAAUUUUGAUUGUGAACCGAUUAGAGUACAUUCUACAGAAACACAUUUUGGUAUUAAUAAUUUCUUUAUACCAAAAGGGCCACAUAUAUCUCCCGAUAAUACUUUUACUCUGCAAGCACCUACAACAUCGGAUAAUGCUAUGCGUAUUCUUCGAGCUAUGCAAGUUCGGAAACCCAUUUUACUAGAAGGUAGCCCAGGUGUUGGUAAAACUAGUUUGAUCACUGCAUUAGCGGAAGCAUCCGGGCAUAAACUUGUUCGUAUAAACUUAUCUGAUCAAACAGAUUUGAUAGAUUUGUUUGGUUCAGAUCUUCCUGUUGAAGGCGGAGUAAGUGGUGAAUUUGCAUGGCGAGAUGCACCGUUUUUACGAGCAAUGAAAUCAGGUGAUUGGGUGUUAUUGGAUGAACUUAACCUUGCAUCACAAUCUGUAUUGGAAGGCCUCAAUUCUUGUUUAGAUCAUCGUGAAGCGAUAUAUAUACCAGAGUUGGAUAAAGAAUUCAUUUGCACUAAGGAAUUCCGUGUUUUUGGUACACAGAAUCCUUUGCAUCAGGGUGGUGGUAGAAAAGGUCUCCCUAGAUCAUUUCUUAAUCGAUUUACUCAGGUCUAUAUUGAACAACUUACGAAUAAUGACCUGUUUUUUAUUUGUAAGAGCUUAUUUCCACAAGUAAAAGAUACCAUUUUGGAAAAAAUAAUAAAAUUUAAUACACGGAUAAAUGAAGAUAUAAUGAUUAAAUCGUUGUAUGGCAAAAGUGGUGCCCCAUGGGAAUUCAAUUUACGAGAUGUAUUCCGCUGGCUUGAAUUACUUUGUAAAGAUUAUGGCCUUGGUUUUUAUUCUGCACCUGAUGAAUAUUUAGAUCUCAUCUAUCUUCAGAGGAUGAGAACUGAACGCGAUAGAGAUUGUAUUGUGACAGCAUUCCAUGAAAUUUUUGAUCAGAAUUAUCAACGGCCAAAAUACCCAUAUUAUCAUAUCGACCCUAAAUUUAUUCAAGUAGGUCAUUCACUUUUAGAGCGUAGAGAUUCUUAUGUUAGUCAUUCUUCGAUAAAUAUGUUACAUAUUCUGCAAUCUCAACUUCGUCCAUUGCAAUCAUUAAUGAAAUGUGUUGAAAUGAAUUGGAUGGUCAUAUUAACUGGUCCUGAAGCGUCUGGGAAAACUAAUUUAGUAAGACUACUUUCAAGCCUUACUGGAAAUCCACUUGAAGAAUUCAUAAUGAAUAGUUCUGUAGAUGCUAUUGAAUUAUUAGGAGGGUUUGAACAAUUGGAUUUAUCUCGACAUCGUCAAAUUGUAAUGAAUGAUUUAUUAAAUUUGACCAAUGAAGUUUCGAAAGUUGUCCUUUUGAUAGCACAUGCACAAUCAAGUUUUAAUUGCCAAACUGAUAAAGUUGUGCAAAUUUUGAUGCAACUUAAUCAUAUAUUAUUCACCUUAAAAAAUUAUUUCAAAUUUAACAUGUGCUUGGAUUAUUCAAUAGUUGAUUAUUUAUUGUCAAUACUUGAACAAACCAUUUCAAAUUAUGGUUUUGCCUUAACAGCUCAAUGGCAAAUGAUCUUUGACAAAGUUACCAGUCUAAAAUCUAAGGAAAAUGAACCUGUUGCAGGUCUCUUUGAAUGGGUUGAUGGUGUAAUAAUUAAAGCAUUGCAAAAUGGUCAUUGGUUACUAAUUGAUAAUGCUAAUCUCUGCAAUCCAUCUGUUCUUGAUAGACUUAAUCCUCUACUUGAACCAAAUGGUGUCUUAAUGGUAAAUGAACAUAGUAUGAUUAACGGUGAAGUUAGGAUAAUUCGUCCUCACAAAAAUUUUAGGCUUUUUAUGACCAUUGAUCCAAAAAACGGUGAAUUAUCACGCGCAAUGCGAAAUCGUGGUGUUGAAAUAGCACUAUCUAAAACAGACUUGAUUGAAAAUCGGCAAGAUUUAACAAAGCUUGCUAACAGUUUCGGGCUUUGGCACCCGAAUUUUUCUGCUGCAAUGGAAAAAUUUAUAAGCGAGAUUAAUUAUAUGUCAUUAUCUAGUAAAUUUCGACCUACCCUAAGAUGGUACAUUAUGAUUGUAAAAAUGGUAAAUGAAAAAAUUCAGCGUGGUGAUAAUUUUUUGCGAGCAUUAAUGUUAUCGUUGCAACAAGCCUGUCAUUGUAUUGAUAAUGACGGUUAUGAUAGCUUUGAAAAGUAUUUUCACGAUUUUAUAAAAACCUAUGAAUUUGAUAAGUCAUAUUCUUCACCCAACAUGUUAUCACCAUUUAUUGUUGAUGGUGAUCUAUACAAGAAUGAAUCACUUUUGGCUAAAGUUUGUUUGCAAGCCUCUCAUCUCUUAUUUAUUGUGUACACAUGUGGGAUGACUGUUGGCCAUGAUACGAAAUCGCAUAUAUCAAAUUCGUUACUUGUGGCCAGUGAAUGCUUUGUCGAGAUGACUUCUUUAGAAGAUUUUCCUGUACGACAACAUUGGCUUAACUUUGUUUCUUCAGCAAUGCAAUCUUCGCAUUUAUUAGCUAAUAAUAAGCAAGCUUCCUUGGAUUUUACUCGAUUCCUGCUAAAUAAAAUUAUAGAUCAUCCACUUGCUACGCAAAUUACCGACAUUAAAAGUCGAUUAGCUCAUGAAAUCGGUCUUGAUGCGUCCUUUAUGUCAUAUCAGCCUCUUGACAUUACAAGUAAUUUUCCAUUAAUCCAAUCAUUCGAAGCAUAUGCUUCAAACUCUUAUGAUAACUCGAUAACUGAUCCAGCUUAUCUGUUGUGGAAAGAAUAUUCUUUAAAAAUUGAAACACUUUCUUUAUUGAAGCAUAUUCUGCGAGAUGAAUAUGUUGAAAAUAUGGUUUAUGAACAAGCUUCUCAACAAAAAGUCUCAAAAAUGACUUUAGCUCAGCAGUCAUAUUGCUAUCACCAAGGUAGAAUUUCUGAGAGCCAGCUAAAUGACAAGAUUGUUGGGAUUAUAUAUCCUUUUUUGGAAAGAUCAAAACAGUGUAUCCUAUCUUUCCUUGAUAGAGAGUUAAAUAAUGACGAAUUGCCUUUGUUGUUUGAUUUUUUAAAUCAACGAAGUUUCUUAUGGGAAUGUUUACAACAAUCAUCUCUCGACAUUGGAGAGUUAUCAACAUGCACAAAAAUGCUUUAUGGAAUAACAGUCCUGUUAUAUGAUAAACAUCAAGAAAUUAUGCGUCCUUUACAUGAUAUUUUAGAUACCAUGACUGAAGCAACAGCAUUGAAAACCGGAUUAUUUAUGGAU